UGCAGACACAACACGGUGCACCUCUGUCACCAUGGGGAACUGGGUUGAGAAUGAAGGACUCUCCAUCUUCGUUAUUUUCGUUUGGCUGGGGCUGAAUGUCUUCCUCUUUGUGUGGUACUACUGGGUUUAUGCCUUUGGAAAGAAGUAUUACUAUACUACAAAACUUCUUGGGGCAGCACUGCCAUUGGCCAGGGCCCCUGCAGCCUGCCUGAACUUCAACUGCAUGCUGAUCCUGCUUCCAGUCUGUCGAAAUCUGCUCUCUUUUCUCAGGGGUUCCAGUGCGUGCUGCUCAACAAGAAUUCGAAGACAACUGGACAGAAAUCUCACUUUUCAUAAAAUGGUGGCAUGGAUGAUUGCACUUCAUUCUGCGAUUCACACAAUUGCACAUCUAUUCAAUGUGGAGUGGUGUGUGAAUGCCCGAGUCAACAAUUCUGAUAAUUACUCGAUAGCACUCUCUGAAAUUGGGGACAAAAAGAAUGAAACUUACCUCAAUUUUGUUCGAGAGAGAAUCAAGAACCCUGAAGGAGGCCUGUUAGUGGCUGUAACUCGGUUGGCAGGCAUCACUGGAAUUAUCAUCACACUGUGCCUCAUACUUAUCAUCACAUCCUCCACCAAAAUCAUCCGGAGGUCUUACUUUGAAGUGUUUUGGUACACACACCAUCUCUUCGUCAUAUUCUUCAUUGGUCUUGCCAUCCAUGGAGCUGAACGAAUUGUACGUGGGCAAACUGAGGAGAGUUUGAAGAAACAUGAUCCACUGAUGUGUGAGCAAUAUAUCUCAGAUUGGGGAAAGAUAAAGGACUGCCCUGUCCCAGAAUUCUCUGGAAACCCUCCUAUGACCUGGAAAUGGAUAGUGGGUCCCAUGUUCCUAUAUCUCUGUGAGAGGUUGGUCCGGUUUUGGCGAUCUCAACAGAAGGUGGUCAUCACCAAGGUGGUCACUCACCCUUUCAAAACCAUUGAACUACAAAUGAAGAAGAAAGGAUUCAAGAUGGAGGUGGGGCAAUAUAUUUUUGUCAAGUGCCCCACGGUGUCCAAGCUGGAAUGGCACCCUUUCACACUGACCUCUGCCCCUGAAGAAGACUUCUUUAGCAUCCAUAUCCGUAUCGUGGGGGACUGGACAGAGGGGCUAUUCAAUGCUUGUGGCUGUGAUAAGCAGGAGUUUCAAGAUGCAUGGAAACUACCUAAAAUAGCAGUUGAUGGGCCCUUUGGCACAGCAAGUGAAGAUGUGUUCAGCUAUGAGGUAGUGAUGUUAGUGGGAGCAGGAAUUGGGGUCACGCCCUUUGCAUCCAUCCUCAAGUCAGUCUGGUACAAAUAUUGCAACAAUGCCACGAAUCUGAGGCUCAAAAAGAUCUACUUCUACUGGCUGUGCCGUGACACACAUGCCUUUGAGUGGUUUGCAGACUUGCUGCAGCUGCUGGAGACACAGAUGCAGGAGAGGAACAAUGCUGGCUUCCUCAGCUACAACAUCUAUCUCACCGGCUGGGAUGAGUCCCAGGCCAAUCACUUUGCUGUGCACCAUGAUGAGGAGAAAGAUGUGAUCACAGGCCUGAAACAAAAGACACUGUAUGGACGACCCAACUGGGAUAAUGAGUUCAAGACAAUUGCAAGUCAACACCCUAAUACCAGAAUAGGAGUUUUCCUCUGUGGACCUGAAGCCUUGGCUGAAACCCUCAGUAAACAGAGCAUCUCCAACUCUGAGUCUGGCCCUCGGGGAGUGCACUUCAUUUUCAACAAGGAAAACUUCUAAUUCAUCCCAACUACGAGGAAAUAAAUUUGGGUUAUGCUGCAAAGUGCCCAAAUAACUCUGGUUAAUAAUAUAAGAUCCUCUCUCUUUAAAAAAAAUAGGAGGAAAAGAAACUGUAAUGUUAUGGACUCCCCUGAAAGCAAUGUCGAAGACUGUUUUAUCAGAUAAGUUACAUUUAUAUGGGGCUUUAUGGUUUUCAGAAGACUUUUGCAAACAUUAAUUCCUUAUUUCUUCUUAGUAAUGCCAGAGGAAGAUAGGGCCAGGAUUCCUGGUCUCAUUUUCGGGAUUUAAAAAUGGGAACUCAAAUAGUUUUAGUAACUUUCCUGAGAGCAGAUGUAGGCCAUCUGAAUCCAGAUUUGGUAGUCUUUCCACAAAACCAGACUGUCUCAAAAUUGUUUUUUAUAUUCAGAAAGAGGAAGCACACCAAGAAGUAAUCAUCAUUUUAUAGCUUGUGUCAUCUUAUCAUUAUUGUCAUAUUGAAGGAAAACUUCUAGAUAAGAGAUAAUAUGAAUAUACGCUUAGUAUGUUUUAAUACUUGCUAGUGACAGAAUUGACAUCUGAGCACACUCCAGUUUACCAACUCAACAGCCUAACUGGGUCAGAGAUGCUUCCAUGAAAAGUCUUAGACUGAAACCAGUGUCAUAGUUGGCAUUUACCAUGCUGCGUGGCAGAGUGGAUUCUCAAGGAAAGUUUGUUGAAUGAAUGAAUGAAAAUGCAUUUAGAACCAUUCAAUACCAGGGUAGAAUUGAUUUAAAGACUUUGUGAGAAUUAUCUAAGGAAAUAACUCCUGUUACUCUUAUAGGUCAAAGGAAUAUAAUUCUCCGGAGGGUAGAAAACAGGCUAAAAAUCUUAACUAAUAAGAUGACCUAAAGGGUCCCUCAGAUUCUUAGUUGAAGCAUGGAGGAAAAGGCAAUGGAGGCAGAGAAUUGCUCUCCUGCCAUAAUUCUACUAGUCCCUCUAGUCCUGCUCUCUGUGCUAUGAAAGGAAUAUGGAGUAAUUUAUUGCCUGAAAGGAUCUCCCCCAGCCAGCCUUUGCAAAUUCUGAGUUUAAGAAGUAGGACAAAUAUGCAUUUCACAUGCACAUUUGCUUUAAAUAGCACCCACCCCUUGUUCUACUUAAACACACACACACAAAUGGAUCUUUUUGUGUGUGGCUAAUCGUUUUUUAUAUCAUCAUUAUUUUUCUUCCUGAAAUUUACAUCCUAGAAACUCAAAUUCCUCAUUUACUGUGACAUAUUGAAUACAUACCUAAUAGAGUGUUCUGGAUAAAGGGAGAGUUUCUAAAUCACUGUUAGUGUGGUCAGAAGCAGUUGUUUUUCUUAAAACUUCUCAUUUCUGCGAACUAAAAAACAGCUUUAUUUGCUCCAUCCCCUGUGGCCACAGAUAUUUCAAGUUAUUCCACUUUGGUACACAGGAACAAAGAGAAGAGAGCAGGGGAAGGGAAGAAGACUGGAUUAGAAGCUAAGAGGUGGGAAGAUGGAAGGGAACAAAGGAGAGUGAAAGAAAGUAAACAUGACAAAAGGGAAAGGGAACGGAUGACCAUCUCACGUUAGUCACUUACUAUCCCAGAUUUCUUAAGGUUUUGAAUGAAUUACAUGUACAGACUCAUCUUAUUUUCAUUACAUAUGACAUUGAACCUUUACAUUUCGGUCGCAAAUUUUGAUGCUGAGUCAACACGUGCAGGGAACUGACAUGAACUAAAUAAAAACUUAGCUGUUCCUCAUAGUACUUUGCAUUACUUUGUAGUUUCUUUGAUCUCCCAGGAUCCUUGGAAACUAAGGGUCAGUUCUGACAAAUAAGGCCUGCAGUGUGAAUGCCACCUCCCCGGAAGGUACCAGGAAUAUCUCUGCUUAGAGAAACGUAGAUCCAGCCUGUUCUCACUGCACCCCAGGUAUCAGUUCAUUCAUUCAACAAAUAUUAGGUAAGCCAUUACUAUGACUUCGGUUCUGUGUGCAUAGUUUCAGUUUUUCCCAUCAAAAUGUCAGCAGGAUGAGAAACCUCAGUUCUAAGGAGUCUGACAAUACUGGCCCUUGCUAAUGUAUUAGGCUUAAAUAAAAUCACCUCCAUUUGUUGCCGUUUUCUAUAACAUCCCAUUACCAAAAUAAAGAGAUAUGCCUUGUGUUAUCCUGGUUAUGAAAGAAUGAGUAUAAUAGUGCUUGCCAUUGUGAAAGCUUCAUUCUCUAUCAUUCUCCCAAGUCCCCAGCUGCCAGCAUUGCUUUUUUAGGAUUGAAUAUUUAGUAUUUAGUAACAGGUAUUAAGAGAAUCAUGAAGCAUUGUUUUUGAUCUUCAGGCCAUGCAGGCUUUCCUUAGUUCCCCUGCUUUUGCAAUAUUGAGUUUAUAAAAUUUGAAUACUUCUAUUCAUUAUAUGUGAAUAAUUUUGGGGAGGCAUCUGGGAGAUAAUUUUUUAGGAAGAACUAUUAAAACUGUGCUCAACUAUU